CUCGGAUACCUCCGUGAAACAAUUGCUGCCGCUGGCGCUUCCCGGCUGUCGCUAGAAGGGGCAGUGGGCCCUCACUGUCCGAAGAGCCCGAGGAGGAGCGGGUGGGAGGCAGGGCGGCCCGGCCCUUCGCCGAGGCUCACGGGCCCGGCCUCCCCCUCCAGGCAGCACACCUUGAUUCUUCCCAGCCUGGUCCCGGUCUGCGGAGAGCGAUGCCGCUUCCCGAUACCAUGUUCUGCGCGCAGCAGAUCCACAUUCCCUCGGAACUGCCGGACAUCCUGAAGCAGUUCACCAAGGCUGCGAUCCGCACCCAGCCCGCCGACGUGCUGCAGUGGUCCGCGGGGUAUUUUUCAGCUUUGUCCAGAGGAGAUCCACUUCCUGUCAAGGACAGAAUCGAGAUGCCCGUGGCCACUCAGAAAACAGACACAGGCCUGACUCAAGGACUCCUGAAAGUUUUGCACAAGCAGUGUAGCCACAAGCGGUAUGUGGAAUUAGCAGAUCUUGAGCAGAAAUGGAAAAAUUUGUGCCUGCCAAUAGAGAACUUCAGAGCGUUGUUGCAAUUGGAUCCUUGCGAAGACAAAAUGGAGUGGAUAAAAUUUUUAGCACUUGGAUGUAGCAUGCUUGGUGGGUCAUUGAACAGUUCGAUGAAGCACCUGUGCGAGAUCCUCACCGCGGACCCCGAGGGCGGGCCUGCCCGCAUCCCGUUUGAGACGUUCUCCUACGUCUACCGAUACUUGUCCAAGAUGGACUCGGACAUCCCUGAAGUGGACACGGAAUCCUAUCUCGCCACUUUAAAGGACACUGUAGAAUCUAGAAAGAAUGGCAUGAUAGGACUUUCAGAUUUCUUCGUUCUGACGAGGAAAGUUUAGAAAACCUCGAGAAGAAAACUCAGAAGACAGAGGCCAUUA